UUGUAACAUCACUAGUUGGCAAAAUAGGUUGAGAAUUAAGUUGAAAUAUCAAAGAAGCUAAAAUUAACAUAAAUUUAGAACAAAAGGCUAGGCCUAAUACCCGCAGACCCUAACACACAUAUGGAUACCAAGUCCAAUGAUGAUUCCGGUGGUAGUGAUUCGCUCGACAAAUCCAUGCAAAUCAAGUGUGUGAUGGUUGAGACAGAACGGGAACAACAACAAAAGACUGAAGCAGCCACCAGUGCAGCGACAGCGGGAGAUGACAGCUCCAUGGCCAUUGUCAACAAUUCCAAUUCCCAUGCCACAUCCACCUCAAACACAACCUGCUCUGCCUUUGAAACAAAAGUGAAACUCAUUUCUCAGAACCUCAAAGAAACGACACUGGCCGAGGCUGAAGCUGAGGCGGAGGCGGAGGUGGAUGCCAGUGCUGGUGUUGAUAACAAUAGCAGUAAUGAAGAGUCAUCAUCGACUACCACCAUAUCCACCUCAUCCGCCUCCGCCUCUGAAACUCGCCUAAAUAAGAAAGUUCGAUUCCAUCCCGAUGUCAAAGAAAAUGACGGCGGCAACCGUGUGAAGAAGAAGAAACGCCGUUCCAAUCAGGCGGCAGCUGGAGGAAGUGAAGCAACACAAGUCGACGAUGAUACCUUUACCCCUGCCAGUAAUAAUAACAACAACUUAAGCUGUGAUGGCAUGGAUUUCGAUGAAUACGAAGAAGAUGACGAUGAGGAAGAGGAUACGGAAGCAGAGGAUCAGAAUAGCAACAACGAAGAAAAAGAAGAGGAAUUCGAUUUGGCCAAAACUAUAGCAGAAGCGGAGGAUUAUCUAAAAGAGCAUCCACUCACAUUUGUACGCCGCGUUGAACAGAAUGGCGAAAGAUUACGUGAUGGUCUGCUUAACAUUGAGGAUAUUCCCAAGAUGAUGGUCGACGAAGAGGCAUCAAUCGAUGAUACCGAUGAAGAUUACUAUACCCACAUUAAGGCAGAAAAUGGUAUUGAACGGAUCCUUGGCAAGGAAACCAAGGCGGGCAAAGUGGAAUUUUUACUACGCUAUGAAAAUCAAGGUGGACUCUUUUGGGAAUCCGAAGAGUUUAUUCGACGCACAUGCCCCACCUUGCUCAAGGCCUACGAAAAGAAUCGGGAGAGACGACAACAGCGCUUGAUGCAUCAUGUAGCCAAACGUCAGAGUUUGCGACAGCGAUACACGGAUUUUUAGUGGGUGGAGCUGCUCUUUUUAGGUUUAUAGAUUAUCUUUCCAAUUUAGGUUCCAUGUAAUUGUAAACACAUUUGUAAUAUGAAGUAAAUUAUAUUCUUUUGUUGAACAAAAGUCCAUCCCAUUUA